AUUCCUCCUGCCUCCUCCUCCUCCCAUCACCUCCUGACCCGUCGGUCCGUAAGCAACCGCCGGCCGCCGGCCCCCGCCCCCUGCUGCAGCUGGGCCGUGGUGGCGCCGUCUGCACCCUGCCUCGGGUCCUUUCUGGGGCCUUACUUGGCGGGGCCUACUACUCCUCGCCCCGGACGGGGCUCGCGUGUCCCGGAGAGGCAUUCAGCAAAAUGUGGAGGUUAGGUGUCUUGAGGAGGGUCGCUGAGCCCAGCCACGGAGAAGUAGCCGGACCCCUUGGGCGGGGAAGCCCAGAGUGUGGUCUUCCGCGCUGACCCGAGUCCAUUUUUUACGUCCCUCGCUCUUUAGGAGCCCCUUUGUAUGUUUAAAACAGGGAAGGUGUCCUCGCACACCACCUCCUCUGCUUUUUGACUUUUUGGGGUCUUGAAGUUGCCCAAAGGCGUAUGUCUUACUCUCGAAGACCGAGAAUUAUUGUAGUUACGUUGUUUUUCUGAGGGAGGAUGGAUGGAGAGAUGCUAUCCAGAUUUCAGAGUCAUUUUUUAAGGCGUUCACCAAAAAAAGCUCCAAGAGGGGGACUUCAAGAGAAAGCAGUUUAGAAUCAGGGAGAACUGGAUUGCAAAAUUUGUGGGCAGAGCGGUAUGUGUACAGAGAGAAAGGAAGGGAGAGAGGAAAAAAAAUCGAUGUGAGAGAGAAAGGUGGAUCCGUUGACUCCGAUACCUGCCCCUGACCUGGAUCAACCUAGAGAUGAUACGAUCUACCUGAGUCUUCGGGAGGAUUACAGAAAAUAAUUUGUGAAGUUUUCAAAGAGCAAAGAGAUAAAAAGAGAAAAAUAUGCUGCUAUGAAGAUGUGUUUAUAACUUUCACACAAAUGAAGCUACUACUAUCAUGAUUUUAGUGCCGCAGAAAGGAAAACUUCAGUGGACAAGAGGGCAUUUUGGGGGGUAGUAGAAUGCUUAAGGCCUGGAAUAUAAACUUGAGCUACUGCCUGAAGCUAUUUAGUAAUAGAAGAAAAUGGAAUUGAAUAUGGUGUCAGCAUGGAACAGCCUAAUGAUUCAUUAACAGCCAAUCAUAAUGAUUCCGAAGAUUCAAAAACACAUUCUCAGCAUCCAACCUGUAUGGACUCCAGGGAUCCUUCCAUUGGACAAAAUAAUUCUGAUAGAGUUUUACCCAUCACUACUCAUGAAGCAGAUAAUUCACUCACAUCACAGAAUAUACCAGGGCCCCUGACUCAAGCACAGACUCUUUCUACAGAGAAAUUUCACCUAGUGGACCAAAAUGGGCAACCUGUUCAAUAUGAACUUCAGUCAUUGGGGGAUUCUAAUGCACAAAUGAUGAUUGUUGCCAGCUCAUUAGAAAAUGGACAGGUGCUUCGUGUAAUUCCAUCUACCCAGACAGGAAUGGCACAAGUGAUUAUACCUCAGGGGCAGCUUGUGGAUAUGAAUAGUCCUCAGGACGCCUCUGAAGAGAAACCCAGCAACAGAAACUUACCAACUGUGAGAGUGGAUGCUUUAGCAGAAAAUAAUAGUGCUUAUAUACUUCAUCCACAAGCAUCCCUCACAUUGCCCACGACGACAGUGACCAGAAUGCUUGAAGAGCCAUUUCUGGCCCCUCUCCAGCCACUUUCUUCUAACACACCUAUGUGGGCCUGCCGUCUUAGGAGCUGUGAGAAAAUUGGAGAUUCAUACCGGGGCUACUGUGUAAGUGAGACUGAAUUAGAAAGUGUUUUAACAUUUCACAAACAGCAAACACAGAGCGUCUGGGGGACCCGCCAAUCUCCAAGCCCAGCCAAGCCAGCCUCACGUUUGAUGUGGAAAUCCCAGUAUGUCCCAUAUGAUGGAAUUCCAUUUGUCAAUGCAGGGAGUAGAGCCGUGGUAAUGGAGUGUCAGUAUGGGCCAAGGAGAAAAGGUUUCCAGUUAAAAAAAAUCAAUGAGCAGGAAAGCAGGUCUUGUCAGCUCUACAAAGCCACUUGUCCAGCCCGAAUUUACAUUAAAAAGGUACAAAAGUUUCCUGAAUAUAGAGUUCCCACAGACCCCAAAGUUGAUAAGAAAAUAAUCCGAAUGGAGCAAGAGAAAGCCUUUAACAUGCUAAAGAAGAACUUGGUAGAUGCUGGUGGUGUUCUUAGGUGGUAUGUACAGUUACCUACACAGCAAGCUCAUCAGUAUCAUGAAUUAGAGACUCCCUCCCUCCCUUUGUCACCCUCCCCUUUUCCUGUGCCGUCUCUUGAAGAAGAGGAAACUACAGUUAGAGAUGAGAACUGUACAUUACCCUCACGUCUGCAUCCUCAAGUAGCACAGAAGAUUCAAGAAUUAGUAUCACAGGGAAUAGAACAAGUGUAUGCAGUAAGGAAACAGCUAAGAAAAUUUGUGGAAAGGGAGCUGUUCAAACCUGAUGAGGUACCUGAAAGACAUAAUUUAUCCUUUUUUCCAACUGUAAAUGAUAUAAAAAAUCACAUCCAUGAAGUACAGAAAUCUUUGAGAAAUGGAGAUAAUGUUUACAACUCAGAGAUUAUUCCAGCAACGCUCCAGUGGACUUCAGACAGUGGGAAUAUUCUCAGAGAGACUGUGACAGUUACAUUUGCAGAAGGAAAUUCACCAGGAGAAUCAACUACCACUAAAGAGGAAACAAAUCGGAAAAGGAAUUAUUUGUCACCAGAACCAGCCCACUUGCUCUCCUCACUUUCUUCAUUUCAGCCAAAAAUAUUCACACAACUACAGGGUUUACAGUUGCAACCAAGAUUCGCUUCUCCUGAUGGAUCACCGGCUCUGAUACCAGUAAAUAACCACCCCUCCUCCAGUCCUUCAAGACUUCUGGAUUCAAUAGGAAGUGCUAUAAUGAAUAAUAAUUCUCUACAGCUUGGUCAAAGUCAGAACCUUCAAACAGAUACAUGCCUAACCCAAAACAGUACUGCCUCUACUGGGGGGAACCUUUCAGGACCAGAUCAAAAUCUAGUUGCAGUGGAUCAGCUGGUGGACGUUGGAGAUGUUGAGGAUGCAGAGAAUCUGGAAGGAAGUGUUCAUCGGAUUCUGUUGGGGAAUGGGCAGACCAUUCCAAUACAGAUUAUAGACAACCACCCAGCUCUUAUUGAAGAAAAUCCAGAAGGUACCAUUUCUGUGAAUCAAGUUAAGCAAGAACCCAAAGAACCAGCAUUGUCUAUGGAAGCAAAAAAACGUUUGGACUGUAAGAAAUUAUCUGCUACAUAAAUUAUUGAAGCUUUUCAUAAUUGUACAACUCUGGUGACUUCUGAUGUCAUAGAAAAGAAGGUGAAUAUUGUUAAACUCAGCAGUGUGAUAAGUGGACAGAAGACUGGUUCAAUAAGCAACUUUGAUUUAAAACUGAUAUAUUUGUUGCCAAUCCCAUAUUUUUACCUUAAGAGAUAUUUUACACCUUUUUGUAUAAUUCUUAUGCUUUUUGAGUGCCUGGCAAGGCCAGUAUUUCAAAAGAUCCUCUGAACUUAUCCCUGAUAAUAGAGCCUGAACACCAAUAGUUAUCGAACUUAUCCCCUGGAACUAACCCAUUUUGGCUCUUAAAAAAUGAAAAAAAAAAACCAAAACAACCCCCCCAAACUGUGUAUGUGUGUGUGUGAUGACUUUUUUUUUUCAUUUCUAAAAGAACUUAUUCCGUAUUUGAAGUUGUGAAAAAUCUUUUUACAUUGGCAGACAGGUGAGAGAAGAUUUGUAAUCUGUCUCAUUUGGAAAGAUAAAACAAUAGAUUUCACUUCAUAAUACAAAGCCCAGCAUUGACAUCUGUGGAAACUGUUGUUGCAUUUUAGUUUCUUCCAUUCUGAUCUUUAUCCUUGCAACUACAAACCAUUAGCUUACUAAUGGUCAUCUAGUAGAAAUGUAAAGGAUCUUGGUAAGUACUGAGAAUUUUACUCAAAUUAAUCAAAUAACCAACAGAAAUAAAUAUAUAUCGCAUGGAUUAUGCAGUAUUAUAGUACAAUUCUACUUAUGGGUAGAAAAAUAUAGUAGAAAUUGAGAGAAUUCUGAAAGAAUAAUAACAUUUCAGGGUGUUUACAGAUAAUUUAGGGAAUUUUUUGAUAUCAGCAGAGAACUUUUUUCCUAUUUUAUAUUGAAGAUUCAGCCCUGGUUAAAAAAGAAUUUGAGUUGUAUUUAUUUUUUUAUGCCAGAGUUCUUACUGAAAUGAUGGUAUUAGAAUUUAUAGUACUUCAAGGUAAGUACUUACAUUUUAAAAUUUAGUUUAUAUUAAAACUUAUAACAACUGAUGUGUUAUAUAUAUUUGCUUGUUGAGUAAGUAUAUUUACUUCAAAUACUGAAUAUCAGCUUCUGUUUUCUAGAAGGUUGGUAAACUAGAAACAUCAAUUAUAACUGUCAAGAAAUCAACCUAAAGACCUCCUCCCCGCACCUGUCCCCCGGAGACCAUCUGUGGAUAUAUUUAAAAGUAACAAGGAUUUCAAAUGGAUUUUAAUGUUUAAUAUUCAAAGCAUGUGGAAUAUAAUAUGAAAUUUAACAAUAAUACUUUACACAAAUAUGAGUUUUUUGGCUUUUAUAAGUCUAAUCUCCCGUUCUAAAUUCACUUUAAUAGUUUCCAGUUUACAAUAUGUAUCAUUAUAAAACACUGUUAUAUUAGAAGUGGGUGGAAUUUAAAAAUUCUUUGCCCUUUAGAUAUAUAUCCUACUUAAUAUAAAAUUUAUUAUUUAAACAUUUAAUGCAAAGUUAAUAUUCAGUUACAUAUAUAAUUUUUAAUAAGACUUGCUUAUCAUUUUCCUAAGAAAUGAAAAUAUUUGCUGCGGGCAUUUAUAGAGUUAGGCUGCCAAAUCUGUUAUGUUAUGCUAAGUUAAACACAACUAUUAAUUACCUCAAACGCAGAUUUCUCUUAGUCUGUGUGUACUUAAAGGGAAUAAGUCCAAAUUAAUUUAUAGUUUAGUGUUGCAUUAUAGGUAAUGUUUUUUAUUUGUUAUUUCUAGUUUUUAUGGAAACUUUUAAAAGAUUUUAUAUAAUAGACCUUCACCUCUCAUUAAUGAAAAUAAUUGAUUAUUAAAUAUUUUACCAAUUGAACUGUAUUUCUUUAGAAACAUUCCUUUAUUUUUUGAUGUUGAGUUGCUAAGGAGAAAUGCUUGUUGAGAUACAAACUUUAGUCCGUUUCAGAUAAGGAUGAGACAUGCCCAAAGAUUCAGACUUUGGCACUUGACCAGGAACAAAACAUAGUUUAAAAAUAUUCCUCUCACAUUAUUCUCCAUGAGUGUCUCUUCUGAUACUGGUCUUUUUUUUUUAACAUGAGCACAAAAAGUCACUAUGCAUCCUCCUCACAGAUAAAAAACAAACAAAAAAGCAUGAAGGAAGUUUAAAUCCCUAAUUAUAUACUCUUUUGGUUUUUAGGUAGAAACUGGAACUAUCAAUAUUUUCAUGUAAGUAUUUCAGUGAGUAGCUCUUUAAAAAUGGUUUGUAAAUUAGUUUUUAAAAGUUCAUUUGUCCUCUAAAUGCAUGUUCAGUCACAAUGUAUCAGUAUUGCAUUUUAAAGGUGCUUGGCAUCACUGUUUAAAACGUAUGUUUACAUAUUUUAAAUAUUUAGUUAUUUUUAAAAUGUAUAGGGUACUUAAUGCAAGUGCAUAAAAUUUUCAGUAUCUAUAUUCAGCAUUCUCCUAACAGCUCUACAGCAAAGUCUGAGAAGUGCUCUUUUUUAUUAUGUAUUACAAGGUGUGAUGGACCUUGUAAUGUCCAGUCGGUUGGACAUUCAAAAUAAGCACUUAGAAAUUCAUAAUUACAGAUGAGCCUGCUUCUUCAUUGUAGUUUUUAUGUUCCAAGUCUCCCAGUGAACUUUAUGUAUACUACAAUGAAUUAUAGAUAAACACUGUCAUGUGGGCAUUUUCCUGAGCACUAAUAUUCUGUGUAAGCAGUUAACAUACUUAAAAGAAAAAGCUUGUAAGUCUUAUACUAUGUAAAUAUUUUCUAAAAGUCAUGAAAGUGAUAGAAAUCAGAUUUUGGGAUCUGUCCUAGCACUGAAGUUUCUAAUUUUGAGGCCUGCCAGCUUGUAUUUCACCUUUAUAUUCUGUCAAAAUACCUACUUAAUCAUGUGAGUAUGAGAAAGAUGUUAUUUAAUUUGUACCAGAAUUUUUUAAAAGGUUUUUAAAGUGUGUGUGUAUGUAUAUAUAGUAAUUUAAUGUAUAGUGUCCUUGUUAUAAUUUUUUUUUCA